AUGGGUGCCGGGGCGGCGGCGGGUUCUCGCUGGCGAUCGAGGGCGUGCUCGGCGGCGCCUGCGGGCUCGUCGUGUCCGACGCGCUCGAGCCCGACUUCCCCAUCAUCUACGUCAACCGCGGCUUCGAGGACGCCACCGGGUACCACGCCGAGGAGGUGCUCGGCAGGAACUGGCCGGUUUUUGCAAUGCAGAGGACCAUUUGCUCAGAGGAGACAUCCUCUUGUUGAUGCUAUAGUAGUUACUGAGAUUCAGAGAUGCUUAGAGGAAGGAACUGAGUUCCAGGGUGAUCUGCUGAAUUUUAGGAAAGAUGGUUCCCCAUUUAUGACGAGUCUGCAACUAAAGCCCAUAUAUGGAGAUGAUGAAACAAUAACCCAUUAUAUGGGCAUUCAGUUCUUCAACGAUUGUAAUGUUGAUUUGGGACCUUUGCCUGGCUCUAUGGCAAAGGAAGUUGUGAGAUCAAUAUGGAUUACACCAGAUAAUACCCUCCGGCCAAGUCCAACAGGGAAGGGUAACUUUUGCUCUGAGUAUUCUCAUCUCUUCCAACUGAGUGAUGAGGUACUAUGCCAGAAGAUCCUGUCAAGAUUGUCACCUAGGGAUAUAGCGUCUGUAAACUCUGUAUGUAAACGUUUGUAUCACAUGACAAAGAAUGAUCACCUUUGGAGAAUGGUUUGUCAGAAUGCAUGGGGCAACGACGCAACUCGGGCUCUUGAGAAUGUGGCUGGCACAAAAAGUUUGGCAUGGGGACGGCUAGCAAGGGAGUUGACUACACUGGAAGCCGUCACCUGGAAGAAAUUGACAAUCGGGGGUUCAGUGGAGCCAUCUCGCUGUAACUUCAGUGCUUGUGCUGUAGGAAACCGUGUUGUCCUGUUCGGUGGGGAAGGUGUUAACGCACAGCCGAUGAAUGAUACCUUUGUGCUGGAUUUGAGUGCGAGCAAGCCAGAGUGGAGGCACGUCAAUGUGGGGUUGGCUCCUCCUGGCCGCUGGGGCCAUACCCUGUCAUGCCUAAAUGGAUCGCUGUUGGUUCUGUUUGGUGGAUGUGGAGGCCAGGGCCUGCUCAAUGACGUGUUUAUUCUGGAUUUGGAUGCAAAACAUCCUACAUGGCGUGAGAUUUUUGGCCUUACACCACCGGUUCCACGGUCAUGGCAUAGCUCUUGCACACUGGAUGGAUCGAAGCUGGUGGUUUCUGGUGGCUGUGCCGACUCUGGUGUGCUCCUCAGUGAUACUCAUCUUCUGGAUGUGACAAUGGAAAGGCCUGUUUGGAGGGAGAUACCUGCACCUUGGACUCCGCCUUCUAGGUUGGGGCACUCGCUCUCUGUCUACGAUGGCCGGAAAAUCCUGAUGUUUGGUGGCCUUGCCAAAAGCGGCCCUUUGCGACUCAGGUCUGGCGAUGUAUUCACAAUGGACUUGAGUGAUGCUGUGCCGUCCUGGCGGUGCAUCACCGGUAGCGGAAUGCCAGGAGCCUGUAACCCAGCUGGAGUUGGUCCGCCUCCUCGCCUCGAUCAUGUUGCCGUGAGCCUGCCCGGAGGGAGAAUUAUGAUAUUUGGUGGCUCGGUAGCAGGUCUUCACUCUGCUUCACAGCUUUACCUCCUGGAUCCGACCGAAGAGAAACCCACCUGGAGAAUACUGAACGUUCCAGGGCGACCUCCGAGGUUUGCCUGGGGACACAGCACGUGUGUCAUGGAAGGAUCAAAGGCAAUAGUUCUUGGAGGACAAACUGGAGAAGAGUGGACGCUGACUGAAAUACAUGAGCUCUCUCUGGCGAGCUCAUUAGUUUGA